AAUUUUUUCCUUGUACUGCCUCUUUCAGUCUUUCUCUGUCCAAGACUUCGCUUUUAAUAUGUAUUUCUCUCCCUCUCUCUCUCCAGGCUGUGACAGUGUCCAGCAGGAUUUCUGAGCUAAAAAGACAGGAAGGGUUGAACGAACGGAAGCCCAAAUUCAAUAAAAGUUGGGUCUUUAAAGCUUGAAUGGAGGGCAGAGUACCAAAAGUAGCUCAGAAUCUGAAUUGGGUAUCUUUCCCUUGUCACUUUUCGCUGGCCUCUCUCUGCUCCAAAGCUGGGUUUUCUGCUCUGACUAGGGUUUGAAUGGGUAUUUAUUAUGCUGAAAUCGAUGUUCUCUGUAUAAUUGACUGCUUCCAUACACCUUUUCUUGGCUCUCCUUUGAACUAUCUUUUUUAGUUUCUAUUUCCUGGUUGGGCUUCCUUCGUGUAAGUUAGUACUUCCAAGUUCCGUGGUAGCUUUGGAAACGGUAGCUUUUAAAGUUGUGCGAUCUUUACUGCUUUUUCAGUGCUUUUGCGUUUUUGAGCUCACAUUCUUGAGUCUUUCUUCUUCUUUUCUUUCUGGGUCUUCUUCUAAGCUGUUUCCUUCUUGUUAGUUUCACUUGCUUGAUAUUCUCUCUUUUGGAUGGAUUGAGCUUUUGGGGAAUAUCUGAAGAUCAAUGUGAAGAUUCUUUUAUUGUAGGUUUCGAAUUACAUGAUUUUAAUUGAAGCCAGUUUGUAUGGUUGUUAGUGAAUAUAUAUUUCGAGAUUGAUUAGUUCUUCAUCAGAUUUGGUUUUUUUCCCCUUCUGCUCCCCCUGCCUUCUUGGCUUUGGUCUUUGGUUCAUCUAGGAUUGGGCAACUAGCCUCUUACUCAGGGUGGUCAAGUUCCGAAAUUUUUGUUGGAUUUUCCAAUUUUUGGUUGUUGAAAUUCAUUGGAAGAAAAAGGCAUUUGCCACUGGUUGCUUUUGGCAUUCCCGUAAAGGAAGUAGAUAUGGGUGACAAAGGUAAAUUUGAGUUAGAAAAUAGGAACGAGGAUCCUAUAAACUAUGCAUCUAGUGUGUCAGACUGGGGAUUUGGCGGUGCCAAUCUCACGAAUACAUCUAUCGGUUUGGUUCCUAAGGUUAAUCCGAUGGCUGUUAGCAAAGGAGGCCUUAUUGGAUCUUCUUCUUGUUCAUCUACUUCAAUGGUGGAUGCAUUUGGCCCAACCAUUUGGGACCACCACGCCAAUUCAGAAAACCUGGGAUUUUGUGACAAUGGUGUCCAGAAAAAUGCUAGCACUUCAGACACGUUUGGGAUUAGAAAAGGCGAUCCUGUUGCCCUAAGAAGUAUUGAUAAAACAUUUGAUAUGGUUUGGAAUCCUACGAGUUCAAUGUUGAAAGGAGACAUUUUCUUGACAAAUUCACAUGCAAUGCUUCCGCAGAGGUUAACUCCGUUCCCAGCGGACUCUGCGUUCAUUGAGCGUGCUGCUAGGUUCUCAUGCUUCAAUGGUGGGAAUUUUAGUGAUAUGUUUAAUCCUUUUGCAGUUCCUGAAUCUAUGGGUCUUUAUUCUGGGGCUGGGGGGGUGAUGCAAGGGACGCAGGAGGCUUUUGCUGGGAGUGGGUUGAAAUCAGUGUCUGGCGGGCAGUCUCAAAAGAAUGAACCGAGUGUUGGUGAAGUUUCCAAGGAUGUUUCUUUGUCUGUUGAGCAUGGGGCUGCUGGAGGGAGCCCACCAAAGGAUGAGAGAAGUCAGAGCCAUGUGAGAUCUCAUGAAGAAUCUAAACAACGCAGUGGUGGGUCUGGUAAUGAUUCUGAUGAAGCCGAGCUUAGCGGUGCUGGUGAUCAAGAUGAGCCAUCUGUGUUGGAGGGUGCAGGUCGGGAACCUUUUGCUAGGGGACUUGACUCGAGGAAAAGGAAAAGGAAUGGCCAGGAUGCUAAACUUGAUCCAGCCAAAGGAGCUGCACGGCAGUCUGGUGAUUGUGCGAAGGAUAACACUGAAAUUCAACAGACGGGAGACCAAAACCCAACCUCAACUACUAACAGGAGCUCUGGGAAACAUGGUAAACAGGGUUCUCAAGCUUCAGAUCCACCAAAAGAAGAGUACAUUCAUGUCAGAGCUCGGAGGGGCCAGGCAACUAAUAGCCAUAGUCUCGCAGAAAGAGUAAGAAGAGAAAAAAUCAGUGAACGGAUGAAGUUUCUCCAAGACCUUGUACCUGGUUGCAGCAAGGUCACUGGUAAAGCAGUGAUGCUGGACGAAAUCAUUAACUAUGUACAGUCACUGCAACGACAGGUUGAGUUUUUGUCGAUGAAACUUGCUACUGUCAAUCCACGGCUAGAUUUUAACGUCGAAGGGCUCCUGGCAAAAGAUGUAAUAAUCCUUCCGUCACGAGUGGCCACUUCAUCAACUCUGGGAUUUUCACCUGAUAUGCCAAUGGCUUAUCCUCCGUUGCACCCAUCUCAACGAGGGCUUAUUCAAGCUGGCCUUCCUGGCAUGGGAAGCUCAUCUGAUUUACUUCAAAGAACCAUUCAUUCUCAGUUGACACCCAUGGCUGGAGGAUUCAAGGAACCCACACAGCUACCUAAUGUCUGGGACGAUGAGCUCCACAAUGUUAUCCAGAUGAGCUAUGGAACCAGUGCUCCUUCCAAUACCCAAGAUGAAGAUGGGUCCUUGCCAUCUGGCCAGAUGAAAGUUGAACUUUGAUUAGCUUUUGGAUUUCAUUGUACUGUUAUGGCCUGGUCAGUAUGCCUGUGCAGCUUCUUACAUCUCAAGAAAAUAACAAAGCUCAAGAGGUUUCCUCUUCCAUGGGAAAAGAUCUAACACCACCAAAUUCGGCUCAAGUUGUGUAGUUAAGUGAGAUGCCAGCCUGGGUAGAAGCUUGAAGGAACUGUCACAUGAUUCAAAGAGAGAUUUUUCUAUAGCUUUGCAGAUUCUCAGAGGUAUUAUGCAGCAGCAGAAGCCACUGUUUUUUCUUUCUUAGUGGCUUUAAACGCAACAUCCAGACGAGAAUCCAAUCUUCAAAAGAAUAGGUUUGUGAAUCAAGGGUGUACAGUAAAGUUCAAAAACCUCAGUAGACAGGCCAAGGGGGAGGGAAACUCUUGUGUUGGCAAUUUUUUAUAAUCUUCUUAUGCAAAUUGAAGGGUGCAUCUUACAAGAAGAUUGCAGGGGAAAUCCUGGUAAUGUUUUCUCCAGUUUAGAUUUGUUUUAAUCCACAUACUAACAAAUGUAAUAUUGUUCCUUUUUUCUUCCUCCCCUUGAUCUCCAUUCUUUCAACUCCAUGGCAAUAUUGGAGUAAAAACACACAAUUCCUGUGACUAUUUCUGGACUAAAUCUGGAAAGCCUUUCUCUAAA